GAAUUCCUGCUGUGUGAGCAUCUCCCCAGCCAGUCCAUCAAUACUGCAUGCAGCUGAGAAACUGGGGUCUUGGUGCUGCAUUUGUGUGUCCUGCUCACAGAACAAGAGCCCGGUUCCUCCUGAAGCUCCCCUCUCCGGCGAGGACCCAGCGCCCACCACAGCCCCGGCCGCUGCCGACACUGCAUCACGCGGGGAGAGGAGGAGGAGGAGAGCGGAGGAGGAGGGCAGAGAGGCAGGCACAGAGAGGGAAUACUCCAGGCAGGAGAGAGAGCCAAUCCCCGAGCAGGGACGGGAUUCUAAGGGAGUCUGGCGGGCUGGUUGUGAUACGGUGCAGCAGGGGAGUUUGGACUGGAACUCGGCACACCUGCUCCACAAAGACUCGGGGGAUGUGGAGGAGCUGAUGUCCACGAUGGCCGGCCUGGACCUGCAGGAACUCGUACCCCGCCUUCGCUGUUGUCGUUCUCUCGAGACCAAGCGGCCCAGCCUGAGGAUCUGACCCCCGCAGCCCCGCCACCCCCCACCCUGUCCCACCCCACCCCACCCCCGACCCACCUCCACCUCCUCCACCAGGCCUGCUGGCUCCACCCUGGGCCCAUCAUGGGAGGAUGCUUCUCCAAACCCAAACCAGUUGAGGUAAAAGUGGAGCUAACCCUCCUGGAGAAAGAAAAGGAAGUGGACGUGAUGUCACCAAACGGAAAGGCGAGCCCGUUCUCUGACUGCCGGCCCAACGGGGCGCUGGGUCACAGCUCUGACGAGGACUCCUCCGCCCGCCUCUACCACAAACCUCGCGACUACGUGGAGGCCUCCGUCUGUCACGUCAAAGACCUGGAGAACGGACAGAUGCGAGAGGUGGACCUGGGUGCUGGCAGAGCUCUGCUGAUUAAAGAGCACGGAGAGUUCUCUGCCAUCGGUCACAAGUGCCCACAUUACGGUGCACCUCUCGUCAAAGGUGUCUUGUCAAAAGGGCAUGUUCGCUGCCCCUGGCACGGAGCGUGUUUCAACAUCGCUACGGGAGACAUCGAGGACUUUCCCGGACUGGACAGUCUGCCCACCUUCCAGGUCAGAGUUGAAAAGGACAAGGUGAUCAUUCGAGCGAACAAGCAGGAUCUACAGUCCCAGAAGAGGUCAAAGGUCAUGUCGCGGUGUUCAGCGGUCAUCAACUCCAGCACAGGAUUCAGCCACAUCCUCAUCAUCGGGUCAGGUCCGGCUGCUCUGGUGUGCGCCGAGACGCUGAGACAGGAAGGCUUCACCGACCGCAUCGUCAUGGCGACCAUGGACAAACACCCGCCCUACGACAGGACUAAACUGAGUAAGUCCUUGGAGAGCACGGCGGAGCAGCUGAUCCUGCGCUCCCUCGACUUCCUCCAGAGGCACGACGUGGAGCUGCUGACCGAGAAGGAGGCGGUGGCUGUGGACGUGAAGGCGAGGACGGUGACGUUUCAGGACGGCCUCAAGAUGGAGUACAGGAAGCUGUUUGUGGCCACAGGAAGCAGACCGAAGCCCAUGAACUACAUAGGCAAGGACGUCGGGAAUGUGUUUUACCUCAGGACCCCUGAAGAUGCUAACAGCAUAGCCACUCUCGCCAACAAUAAGAAUGCAGUCAUAGUGGGAACCUCAUUUGUUGGCAUGGAGGUGGCGGCGGCUCUGACAGACAAGGCACACUCCGUCUCUAUCAUUGGGAUGCAAGCCGUCCCCUUCCGGAAAGCUUUUGGGGAGAAAGUAGGGAAAGCCAUAAUGAAGCUGUUUGAGACGAACAGGGUGAAGUUCUACAUGUUGAACGAAGUGUCAGAGAUGCGGGGUCAUCAUGGACAGCUGAAGGAGGUGGUUCUCAAGAGCGGGAAGGUUCUCAGGGCGGACGUGUGCGUCAUCGGCACAGGGUCUGGCCCAGCCACGGCGUUCCUGAAGCAGAGCGGAGUUCACAUGGACUCAAAGGGCUUCAUCACCGUCAACAAGAUGAUGCAGACCAACGUGGAGGGCGUGUACGCCGGAGGAGACGUGGUGACGUUUCCUCUGCUUCAGCGCAGCAACAAGAAGGUGAACAUCCCUCACUGGCAGAUGGCCCAUGUUCAUGGGAGAGUGGCAGCCCUCAGCAUGAUGGGGAAUGCCACUGAGAUUAAAACGGUGCCUUAUUUCUGGUCGGCCAUGUUUGGGAAGAGCUUACGCUAUGCAGGUUAUGGGGAGGGCUUUGAUGAUGUCGUCAUUCAGGGUGAUCUGGACGAGUUGAGGUUCGUGGCGUUUUAUACCAAGAGUGAAGAGGUGGUGGCCGUGGCCAGCAUGAACUAUGACCCUAUUGUGUCCCGCGUGGCGGAGGUCUUAGGGUCGGGAAAGACGAUUAGGAAGAGAGACGUGGAGAUGUUAACCCGACUUGGCAAGACAGGCGACAUGUCUUGGCUGAUAGACAAAGACUCCCAGUGACGACCCUCACGGCCACAGCCCUCUCCGUGUCCCUGGAGUCUGCAGGACACAGAACUAUAGACCCUUCUGGUGCAGCUAUCUCGUGGACUUUGUGGACAAACUGCAGACCUGGUCUGAUCCGGUUGAAGCCCCUCCCCUGAACCCUGAAGACAAGACGGUCACUGUUUUACAUUGCAUUCUAUAAAGACACUCUAUUGGUGAUGGGAUUGUACAAUACACUGACUGUCUUCUUAAUACUAAGCGUGCCAUACACAGUUUUACUGUGAUGGGAAAUCUUGUGGUUAUGACAGUAAGGUUUUAUCCAAUCACAGCGAAGCAACACUGGAUGAGCUGCCUUUGCUACUGCAUGCUGGGUCUACAUAUGUCCAGAGGUGUGUUAACAUUUUUUGUACAAGCAACUUUGUAUAUAGCUAUAAUCUUCAAUGCACUGUAACAAAAACAGGACUGUACAAUUUAAACUUAAUUUUUAAAAGUAUUUGGUUGAGAAUGCUUGUGUGGGUUAAACUAUGGAUCUGAUUUUAGCUGAAAUAAUAUUUUGUUGACCCCCAACAUAAAGAGAAAUGCUACCCGCAAAAUAGAAGCCUCGUAAAACAAACCUUAAAUGUGUUAGCUUUACAUAAACUGUCAACUGCA